UGGUGCUGCGUUCUAGGACUCGUAUUCGGUCAUCUUUCGCCGAUCGACGUCACAUUCAAGGCAGCUUAUAAGCACCUGUGCUUCGCGUUCUGGUACACUUAGCUGUAGUAAAUCAAAGAAGCAGAGAUGGACACAGUCUGGAAGAACUUAGAGAAAGAAUUGACAUGCGCCAUCUGCCUUCAACUUUUUGAUGAGCCUCUGGAGUUGCCGUGCAUGCACAACUUUUGCCAGGAGUGCAUCUCCAGGGCUUGGGCUGACAAUGCAGGUGCAAAGCGUUGCCCAGAGUGCAACCGCACCUACAACAGGGACCCAUUUGUUUCAGAGAACCUAAAGUUAGCCAGCAUUGUCCAGCGGUUCAAGGAUUUGGAGCCCCCCAUGCCAUUUGUGGCAUCAGGCUGUGCAGUGUGUGGCAAACAGGCCCAGAAAUUCUGCCUUCGUUGUGCUGAAGGUUGCUGUGCAGCCCACGUUCCGAUGCACAUUGACCAGGAAGGGCAUUUGCUGGUCAAUGCGGAAGACCUGCAGAGCUGGACCUGCCUUCAGCACGGCAAUUACAAGCUAUACCACUGUGAUGAGGAAAACACAGUGAUUUGCCAGAAGUGCUACUUGGCCAGGUGUGUCCCCAGCCAUGGUCAAGCGGUGUGCGACGUGGAGGUCCGUCGCAAUGGCAUGAGGCAAGCAUUCAUGGAGCAGCAGGGGAAGAUAGAGGAGCGGAUGUGGGCCAUCAGUGAAACCUUGUCACGAGCAAUGGUGAAUAAACGGCAGGCAGAGAAGAGUUUCCGGAAAGUCAGGGAAACAGUGAACCUACGUUUCCGGAAAAUGCAAGAGCUCCUGAUGCAGGACAUGGACAGGACUCUGCAGAAGCUGGACGCGGCCCACUCCAGGUUCUCUGCAGAGAGCUCAGCUCAGAUCUUGCGGCUGAGUAAGACUGAGGAGGACACCAAACAAUUACUGAGCUCUGUCCAGAUGGCCCUGCAAAAAACAGAGGACGUCAACUUCAUGAAGGACACUGCAUCAUUCAAAGUGUGGCUGAAUAGAUCAGAGAGCAACAUCGGCAGGGAGUCCCCUCUCCUGAGUCAGGCAAACUUCGAGCCCAGGCACUUCCUGGUGGAAAACACCAGCGCUAUGUGA